GACUGUUUGACGUAGGUCUGGGGCAGGCAGGCACGUUGAAUGUCCCGUAAAUCACUGGCUGAGAUCAGGGAUAUCACAGUGCCACUCCGGGCAGACAUAGCCAAUGACACAGAGGCCUCCCUGGGGUACUGUUAGCAGCAGAUUCAGUCACACACUCUCUAAUGCGCUAGUGUACAGCUGCUCUUUUAGUGUGUCACUGGUGCAGGACUUUUACUUGAGGAAUCAGAGGGGUCUUUUUUGGGGAACAAGCCUGAGACAGAUUUGAGCAUCGGUUCUAAAAAAGCGUUUGAGUGAACUCUGUGCUUCUUCUUCUUCCUCCUCCACUGUCUCCUUCCCUGUGGUCCUCCAGAUAGACAGACAUACAGACGUCGAGUUGGGUCUGAGUGUCAUUAUGAGAUGUCGUCUCUCAGUGCCUCCUUCGUGCAAAUCAAGUUUGAUGACAUCCACUUCUACGAGAACUGCGGCGGCGGCAGCUUCGGUAGCGUGUACCGAGCUAGGUGGAUCUCUCAGGACAAAGAGGUGGCAGUGAAAAAGCUGCUCAAGAUCGAAAAUGAGGCUGAAAUCCUCAGUGUACUCAGCCAUCGGAAUAUCAUUCAGUUCUAUGGGGCGAUCCUUGAAGCACCCAACUAUGGAAUCGUCACUGAGUAUGCCGGGGGUGGGUCCCUGUAUGACUAUCUGUCCAGUGCAGAGAGUGAGGAGAUGGAUCUGGGACAGGUCAUGACUUGGGCCAUGGAGAUUGCCAAAGGCAUGCACUAUUUACACUCAGAGGCCCCGGUCAAGGUUAUCCACAGGGACCUGAAGUCCAGGAAUGUGGUUGUGACGGCAGACAAAGUUCUUAAGAUCUGUGAUUUUGGGGCAUCCCGGUUCCACUCCCACACCACACAUAUGUCCCUGGUGGGCACAUUCCCCUGGAUGGCCCCGGAAGUCAUCCAGAGCCUGCCCGUGUCUGAGACCUGUGACACCUACUCCUACGGCGUGGUUCUGUGGGAGAUGCUCACCCGGGAGAUUCCCUUUAAAGGCCUGGAGGGCUUACAAGUCGCCUGGCUGGUGGUGGAGAAGAGUGAGAGAUUAACCAUUCCCAGUAGCUGCCCAGCUAGUUUCGCUGAGCUGAUGAGGAAGUGCUGGGUGACUGAGCCCAAGGAAAGACCAAUGUUCAAACAUAUCCUUACAACCCUGGAGUCCAUGUCCAAUGACAGCAAGCUUCCUGAACAGUGCAACUCCUUCCUACACAACAAGGCAGAAUGGAGAUGUGAGAUUGAGGCCACACUGGAGAGGCUGAAGAAGUUGGAGAGGGAUCUGAGCACCAAAGAGCAGGAACUGAAGGAGAGAGAACGUCGCCUGAAGAUGUGGGAGCGCAAGCUCAUCGAGCAGUCCAACACCCCACUCCUUUCCAACCUUCAUAUUCAUUCCUGGACAGAGGAACAUGUGUACUUUUGGAUGCAGCAGAUAUUUGGGGCAGGGGAGGGGGCAAGUGGCAUGCAGCUGUAUGGUGACCUGUUUAAGGAAAACCACAUUACAGGCAAGAGGCUGCUGCUGCUCACGGAAACAGACAUGCGAGACCUUGGGGUCAAGUCCAAAGGUCACAUCAUGCACCUCAAGAGUGAAAUUGAGAAGCUAACCAAUGAUUACAUGGGGCUAUUCCACUUCCCUCCACUAAUGAAGGAUGAGUGUGCAGAGGAGGAGGAGGAGAGAAGGAAGAUUGUUAAUCUGGAGCUGGUGUUUGGGUACCACUGGAAAGCAGUGGGUCACUCGGACUGCAAAUGGAAAAUGUACAUGGAACUUGACGGAGAUGAAGUUGCAAUAACAUACAUCAAGGAUGUGACCUUUAAUGCCAACAGACAGGAUGUGGAUGUCCUGAAGAUGACCAAGCCCCCAUUUGUGAUGGACAAAUGGGUAGUUGGACUAUGGGAGAAUCAGGUUGUUGACUGCAUUGUUAAUUAUGAGAAUGAUGUGAGAUCACCCAGGUGUACGAGACAUAGCCAUGCAGUGAGGUGGAACCCCACCAGUGGACGAGAUGAGAUCAAGACUGUGGAGCUACUGAUAGAAACAGCUCAGUUAAACAUUGAAGGAAACCCCAGAAGCAGAUCAAACUCAAAAGAUGUGGAUCCCAGAUGGUUGUACAACCUGAGACAGAGGCAGCUGAAGAGCCAGUCAGCAGCAGAGCAGCAUGGUUCCCGGACCCCCACCGGAGGCUCAGAAACCCGCACCCUGUCUCAGUUCCUGUCUGCAUAUGGAGAUCAGGCCUCUUCCUACGCUGCAGCAGUGCGGAGGUCUCCCAACAGCCCCCUCUCUCCCUGGUGCUCCCGCAGCUCGUCCCCCACUGCCGGCCUGUCCGCCAUGCUCUCCCCCCUCUACCUGGGGUCAAAGGGCAGCAGCCCCUCCAGCACCACCUCAGAGAGUGCCUUGGAGCGUGAACGCCUGCUCAUUGCCGGGGAAGUGCAAGGUUACCACAGGCACAGAAGCUACAUUGGCAACUCAUUGAGUGCAACAAGGGACCACAACAGAGACACAUGGUCCCAUACAAGGGGCAACUUCACACAGAAUAAGUCAAGCAGAACCUCAGAGCAAAUGGGGAGGCCUCAGUCCAAUAGUUACAAUAUAGCAUCUCAGAACCGGGCCAGGGUGAUACCGGGCAUAUCGGCGGUGGUAGAAAACCCCAGUACAGCGCAAGAGGGGGCUAAAGUCAGUGAUGGGGGAUGGAUCAAAGUGGAGCGCCAGAAAAGGUUACCUCGACAAGACAAUAAACAGGCCAGAGGAAGACAGAGGAGAGGGGGUAGAGGUGGCCGUGGUGGACGAAGCUGAGAAUAAUUUGCUGUUUGAAAGUGUUAACAUGUCUUAAUAGAUUGGACAUCAGGUUUACUUUGAAUAUUAUCUUUCACACUACAUAUACAUUUUCUCUCUGGAGGGAUCUUUCUAGGGGUCAUUUGAACUAGGGAGAAUUGUGAUUUAGGGAAUGCACCCAAUUCAGUCUUUUAGGGCUGAAUUCUGAAUUGUACUGUAUGCACUCAAAUAAUUUUUGGAUUUAGCAUGUAAGCCUACAUAUCAUUUGUAGUUGUAUAUUGUGAACUGUUCUACAUAAGGCUAUUGUAAAUUGUAUAGCCUACAUUUUCCUAAUCUUUUUAUUUAUGAGAUAUACUGUAUAGCUAGAUAAUUGUGCCUUUUAUUACAAUAUAAAAAAGUGAAUGUACAUAUGGAUUUUUAAAAAGAAUAUAUAUUUUUAAUAGUCUAUAACUAUAUGAAGGGUAAAAAAAGAUAAACGUACAUGAAGUUGAUGGAAAGGACGCGGGAGUUUUUCUAUAAACCCGCCCCUUUAUGUAAAUAUGUUCGCUAUGAUUUCGCGCCACGGCUUAGUACUUAGAAGGUUAGAAGUUGGUGGAUCAGUAUAUGACAUAAUAUUUUGAAAAAUGUGUACAAAAAUAAAAGUGUCCAUCAGCAGUA